GUGUCUUUUGCCUUAAGAUCGGCUAUUUAUCUCCAUAGUUAUUCAGAGCUUGAUUAUCAUCGCAUUGACAUUGUCGAUAAAAAAUAGAACUAUAAUUGAAUGUAGCGUUAGAAGCUAAUUAAAAUGAAUAAGUAUAUAUUAUUAAUAGAGGCCUUGAAGAUGUGAAUUAAGGUUUUAUUUUCACGCUAGCUCUCAAUAUGACGUGUAUAAUAGUGUUAAUAGUAGUUUUCAAUGUGUUAUGUGUGAAUUCUGAAGAUUUUCCAAGCGCCGAUGGACAAUGGUGGAGUGAACCUAGGAUGAAUAAUACGGGUAAAAAUCCAUGUUUAACUCUUCCGCCACUAAGACCAAACUUCUCAGCGCCUGGACGGAGAAUAAGCGAAGCGAAAUGUUUUGAGUACAUUUGGGAAAUAAAAAAACGCUUGGCUGAUAUCGCUAUAGCUGAUGAAUGUUUUAAAUGGAAACAAGAGGAGAUAAAUAGAAAUCCAGGUCCCAGCCGUCCUCAUUAUGCUAUUGGUGGACGCAUCACUGCUCCCGGGGAGUUCCCGCAUAUGGGUGCUGUUGGUUGGAAAGCAGCGGUUGGCACAUGGGUUUUCAAAUGUGGCAGCACUUUGAUCAGCUCCAAGUAUUUAUUGACAGCAGCGCACUGCUCGAAGGCUUCAAAACGUGACACAUCAUUGGCAGAUCCUGUCCCCAAAAUUGUAAGACUUGGGGAUAAAAAUAUAGUUGAUGUGUUCGACAAAGGUCGACUUCCAUUCGACGUGACAAUCAAAAGAAUUGUUAAACACCCAAAUUUUGAUCCCCCCAAAAAAUACUUCGACAUCGCUAUCAUAGAAAUAACGACUAUAGUAUUUUUUUCCAAAUUGAUUCAACCUGCAUGUUUGUGGACUAAACAUGAGACAGGACAACUUGGCAAACAAGCAACUCUUACUGGAUGGGGAGUCAUUGAAACAGCUGGAAGAACUACGUCACCUGAAUUGCAAGCGGCUCAUGUAGAUGUUAUAGAUUCGGAACAUUGUGAUGAAUUACUACGGCCAUUUUGCAGUAGGUUGUGGUGCGGCUUGGAAACGCAUCAAUUGUGCGCGGGGAAAUUAAAAGGCGGAGUGGAUGCGUGUCAGGGUGACUCUGGGGGGCCGCUUCAAGUGCAAAUACCGUUGCCCGUGACAACACAAGGUUCCUUGCACUAUGUAAUCGGGGUCACUUCGUUCGGCAUUGGUUGCGCAAAGGCAAAUUUGCCCGGCGUGUACACUAGGGUCUCGAGCUUCAUUGAUUGGAUUGAGGAUGUUGUGUGGCGAGGAAAGUGAUAGAAAAAAAGAAAUACAUAUUUAUAUUUA